AUGGCUGAGCUUGAGUCAGUGCCAUUUGCUGUUGCAUCAAAUCUUAUUCACAGGUUAGCUUCCCCAGAUUUUCUUGAAUUUGGACAAGAGUAUGGUGUGAUGGAAGAGUUAGAAGAGCUUAAGAACACUAUUGAAUCCAUCAAUGAUAAGCUUCUUGACGCCGACAAUAAACAAGAUCAAAACGGUGGUGUGCGAGUUUGGAUCAGAAAGUUCAAAAAAGUACUUCAUCAUGCAGAUGACUUUUUAGAUGACCUUGCUAUCGAAUUCAGAAGAGACAAAUUGGGUGCAGCAAAAGGAAAAGAAGUAAACAAGGUACUUCUUUCCAUUUCAUCAUCAAAUCAAAUUCCUUUAUACAAUGAAGUGCCUGACAAAAUUAAAGAAAUACGAGAAAGUUUUAAUGAUGUAGUAAAAGAAAUGAAGGAUUUGAAUUUAAGCCCAAGAUCAGGGGUAGUCAAGCAGACUAACCUUGAAUGGAGGGAAACAUGUUCUUUUGUGUUAGAAUCAGAUAUCAUUGGAAGAGAUGACAAUAAAAAAGAGAUUAUUAGUCUGUUGAGACAAUCACAUGAAAAGGAAAGAGUUUCUGUGAUUGCUAUUGUUGGCAUUGGUGGUUUAGGGAAGACAGCUCUUGCACAAUUGGUGUAUAAUGACUUGGAAGUGAAGAAUUUUUUUGAAAUGCAAAUGUGGGUGUGUGUCUCUGAUAACUUUGAUGUGAAAACUAUUCUGAAGAAAAUAUUAGAAUCAAUCACUGGUGACCAAGUUGAAGACAAGUUAUCGUUAGGCAACUUGCAAAGAAAACUCCACCAAAAAAUAAGUGGUAAGAAAUAUUUGUUGGUCCUGGAUGACAUUUGGAAUGAGAGUUAUGACAAAUGGGCUGAAUUGAGAAAGUACUUGAUGUGUGGCGCUCAAGAUAGCAAGAUUUUAGUAACAACUCGAAGUGAUAAUGUAUCAAAGGCAAUGACUGCUGGUACUUCCUAUCCUUUGAAAGGUUUGACUGACGAAGAAUCUUGGAGUUUGUUGAAGAACAUUGCAUUUGAGGAUGAUUCCAAAGAAGUGAAUCAAACUCUAGAAUCAAUGGGGAAAGAAAUAGCCAGAAAAUGUAAAGGGGUUCCACUGGCGGUCAAAACGCUGGGAGGCUUGUUACGAGGACAAACUGAAGAAAGUGAAUGGAAGAAUGUUUUACGUGAUGACUUCUGGAAAUUAUGUGAAGAGCAAGAUAGUAUCAUGCCAAUUCUAAAACUCAGUUACCACAACUUGUCUCCAGAAAUGAGACAAUGUUUUGCUUACUGCUCUUUAUAUCCCAAGGAUUCAAGAAUUCCAAAGAAUGAGUUGAUUCCGUUAUGGAUUGCACAGGGUUAUCUUGAAUGUUCAGCUGAAAAACACCGCAUGGACAUGGAAGAUGUUGGUAACCAAUUUGUAAAGAUUUUUUUGAUGAACUCAUUUUUUCAAGAUGCUGAGAGUGAUCAAUAUUGUGAGAUCAUUAGUUUCAAGAUGCAUGAUUUAGUGCAUGAUCUUGCAAUGCUUGUUGCUGGCAAUGAUUGCUGUUACAUGGAUAGUAAGGAGGAAAAGGUUGAAGGUAGUCCCAUGCACGUGUGUUUGGAAGCUGGGGCCAUUCAUAUAUUGGAUUCAUUGAAUGCAAGCAGACUGCGAACUUUGAUUUUGCCGGAGACGUGCAGUCUUGAAGAGGAGGAAGUGUCUGCUGUUGUUACAAAAUUCAAAUACUUACGCGCCUUGAGGAUAUCAUAUCUUUGCAAAUGGUCUGAUUCAAUUGGAGAAUUGAAGCAUUUAAGAUAUCUUGAUAUUAAUGGUUUGCAAUACCCAUGGAUUAAGAUACCAGUUGGGUUGGGAAAACUAUGCUCUUUGCAAUUCUUACCAGUCCUGUUCGUGGGAGAUAGCGAAGAAACAAACUGUUGCAGCACACUAAAUGAAUUGAAGGAUUUAAACCACUUAAGGGGAGAAUUAACAAUUGAUUAUCUGAGUAAUGUGAGAGACGUGGCUCUGGAAUCACAGGAUGUAAACUUAAAAGAAAAGAAGUUCCUUCAAUCCUUGACUCUGACAUGGUUGGAUGAAGACGUUAACAGUGACAGCAUACAAUUACUAGAAAACCUUCAGCCCCACCAUAAUCUUAAGCGAUUGGAGGUGAAUUGGUAUCCAGGCGUGCUUUUCCCAAGUUGGCUUUCUCUCCUCAUAAAUGUUGUUGACAUCACUCUCGUUGGGUUAGUUAAUUGUCGCUGUCUCCCACCGUUGGAACGUCUCCCGUUCCUGAAGUCACUUAAGAUAGAUUUUCUUCGUGAAUUGGAAUACAUAGAUCUUGAUGAAGAUGGUUUUGCAGUAACCUGCUUCCCAUCUUUGAAGAGCCUUGUAUUAACAAGUUGUGAUAAGCUCAGGGGAUGGCGGAGGUGGAGAGAUGAUAUCAAUGAUUCACAUAAUCUCUCUCUACCUCUUUCAUUUCCUCAUCUUUCUCGUCUAGUCGUUUCUUUCUGUCCACAGUUGACUUGCAUGCCUACUUUUCCCUCAUCUUCUUCCGUUGCUCCUCUUUCCAUGCUCAAAGAAUUGACGAUUUCUGAUCAUAUAAAUUUACCAAAGGGUUGGAUGCAAAAUCUGACUUCUCUCGAGUCUCUUCAAAUUCAAAACAGUGAAUUACUUGAAGAAUUUGAGACAGAGUUUAAGGACGACAACAAUUGCCUUCCUUCUCUGCGAAAAAUCAACAUAAGAGAGUGUGAAAGGCUAAAGGCUUUGCCAGAUUGGAUUUGCAACCUCUCAUUGCUUCACCAUAUCACAAUCUCAAGCUGCCCAGAAUUGGCAUUUCUACCCGAAGGAAUGAGUCGUCUUACCAACUUAAAGAUCUUUGAGGUCAAGAAUUGUGCCCUCUUACUUAAAGAAUUCCGAACAGAGACAAGUGAUGUUAUUCGCCAAAUUGCACACAUCCCACAAAUUAUCCUGAGUAAUUGGAAUAUUGAUGUGGAGCUUUCUGAGGAUCCCAAGGAACUUAUUGAACUGAGGGUCUCUCUGGCUACUCAUCAAUUGUUGUGGAAAUGGAACUUUCAGUUUUGUCACCACUGGUGCAUCUUCCCUUGUCUCCUUUUUCGCAUCUGGCUCCGUCUAGCACGGUUGUGCCUUCGUUGUCUGCAAGGGCGUGCUGUUCUAAGCACGGCCGUUCUGUUUCAGGCAGCAUUGGCGUGCAGGGUUAUGCAAGGGCGUGCUCCUCCUUCAGCACAGGCGUGCAUGACUUAUGUGUUUGCGUCCCAUUCAAAUUUUUCCCACUUCUUAGAGUAA